AUGACUACACAUCAUCCGAAUCCACCUCUACCUCUGACGGAAGGGAAAUAUGACUCCGAUGAUCAACAGAAGAAUCCACACGGAAAGAAGAAGUGGUUUCACCCAUUCAAGAUUUUAGGAUUUCUAUUAGAUAACUGGUUUCUUAUUGGGAUAGGAGUAUCGAUAGUGCUAGCAUGGAGGUUCCCAAACGUAGCUGCAGAUGGAGGUGUCAUCCGUUCUGAAUAUUCUAUUAAAUACGGCGCUAUCGCCAUUAUAUUCCUCAUCACAGGUUUAACCCUCUCUACCAAAUCCUUAUAUGUCCAACUGCGUAAUUGGAAACUACAUCUCUUCACUCAGCUGUUCAGCUUCCUCUUCUUCCCCGCUGUCGUAUUUGCAAUUGUGAAUAUUGUGAAUGCCUCACAUGGGAAUAUAGAUAAAUACGUGUUGGCCGGAUUGGUAGUUAUGGGAGUCAUGCCUACGACGGUUGCUUCGAAUAUCACUAUGACGAGAUCGGCUGGAGGUAGUACCGAAAGUGCAACGAUUGAAGUUUGUAUUGGAAACUUACUGGGUACAUUCAUCACUCCUUUAUUAUGUUCUUUAUUCUUCUCUUCGGAUACUUGGUCGUUCGGUAAACCCAUUGCUAAAGAUGGUGGGGGAUCGACAGCGGAUGGGUUGAAAGAGAUUUACAGGCAGUUGGCCAAAGAAAUAGGUCUGGCUAUAUUCGUUCCACUAUUCGUUGGUCAGGUCAUCCAAAACGUAUUCCCGAAACGGACUCAAUGGGUAUCGACCAAAUUUAGAUUAGCCAAAAUAUCAACUUUCUUCCUCCUCUUACUCAUAUGGUCCGUUUUCUCUACUCAAUUCAAAGCCCAAGCAUUCGAAGCAGUCUCAACAUCAUCUAUAAUAUUCCUUGUGUUCCUCAAUCUGGGUUUAUACGGAGUAUUCACUUUACUUUGCGUUUUCCUCACUCGAUUACCUUUCUCUCAUCCAUCUUCACCAUCAAACGUACAUAUCAAUACCGGAAUAUCCUCUAAGCGGAAUUCUGGGAGAAGGCUUGUGAAUAUACAAUCAUUCAGGUUCAACAAAAGAGAAUCUACUGCGAUAUGCUUUUGUGCAGUCGCAAAAGGAAUGGUGGUUGGUGCUCCCACGUUGAGUAUUUUGUACGGUGGAUUCCCGGAACAGCAGAAAGCAAUUUUAUCGAUUCCUUUAGUAUUAUAUCAAGGUCAACAAGUUGCCGUAGCCCAGAUUCUGGUCUAUUUCUUCAAGAAGUGGAAUGAGAAGCCUGAUACAUAUUUCCAAGAUCCUCCCGCUGCGGACGUCAAGGAUUCCCCUCGGAAUUCGAACAAUCCUGAAGACAACCGCAUAGCGAACGAACAGCAGGAGAAAGCAUGA